CUGUUUUGCCGGGUACAUGCACGAUAUGCACUGUUACAAAACCAAUGAUCAAGUUAUUUCAAGUUAUUUAUCAACAACAGAAGAUUGUCACGAGAGAUGAAACAAUUCAUAUAUGGCAGAUUCGGUCGUAGCAUUUUAUUGGUUUCUAAAACUCCGAAACAUCCAGUAUUACUAGUCAGCACACGGAGUUUAAUGUCUGGGAAAUUCAACAAAUACUACAGACCAUUACUUGCUACACCACAUUUAAGAUAUUUCACAAAUCCAUAUCGUGGUUAUGCUAUGGUGAUAGCAAGGAUCUUAAGAGGAGCAUUAAAAAUUCGAUAUAUUCUUCUUGGAGGUGCAGUUGGUGGUGGAGUUACUUUGCAGAAAAAAUAUGAUGAGUGGAAAGAAGCAUUGCCAGAUUUAGGAUGGUUAGAAAAUAUGAUGCCUACUGAACAACAAUGGCAAGAUUUCCGUGGAUCAUUGCUGAUGGUUAAAAAUACUGUGGCUAACAAGAUUGAAAUUGAUCCACGUAUAAAGGAGUAUGGGCAAGCUAAGUAUGAGGAGUACAGAGUUUGGUUCAAUCAAAGACUGGAUGAUGCUAUUAAAGCAGCAGAAAUUCAUCAAAGAGAUCUAGAGAAUAAUUCUAUACAGAGUGCAAUUAACACCAUCUCAAUGGUGGCUAAGAAAGCUUAUUCAGAAACAAAAGAUCAAUUGCCAAAUAAGGUUGCUUUUGCACGUCCAUUAGCAAGCGAUAAUACCGAAGAGGAACGUAAGAAAGCUCAAUACUCGAGACAGGAUACCAUGUCAGAGGAUCCGAUGCAGAUGCUACUGAAGUAUCAACGUGAAUUAGAGCGAUUAGAAAGAGAAAACAAAGAGCUACGCAAGCAGAUGCUCCUACGGGGAAAUCAGAAGUUCAACCAGAAAAAAAUCAAAAAAUCUUUGAUCGAUAUGUACAGCGAUGUCUUGGAUGAGCUCAGCGACUAUGACAGCUCCUAUUCCACUGCCGAUCAUUUACCUAGAGUAGUGGUUGUUGGCGAUCAAAGCUCCGGUAAAACAUCCGUGCUCGAGAUGGUCGUUCAGGCAAGGAUAUUUCCAAGGGGAGCAGGUCAAAUGAUGACGAGAGCACCGGUCAAAGUCACACUGAGUGAAGGACCGUAUCAUAUAGCACAAUUCAAAGAUAGCUCUCGAGAAUUCGAUCUUACGAAAGAGUCUGAGCUAGCCGAGCUACGACGCGAGGUGGAAUUGCGAAUGAAGAAUAGUGUUAAAGACGGCAAAACAGUCAGCCCGGAUGUCAUAUCUAUGACGGUGAAGGGACCGGGCCUUCAACGUAUGGUUCUAGUCGAUCUACCUGGUAUUAUUAGUUCAGUAACUGUUAACAUGGCCGAGGAUACUCGCGAGGCGAUCAAACAAAUGAGCCAACAGCACAUGAGCAAUCCUAAUGCUAUCAUUCUCUGCAUACAAGACGGAUCUGUCGAUGCGGAAAGAAGCAACGUGACUGACCUAGUAUCUCAAAUGGAUCCAUCCGGCAAAAGAACGAUCUUUGUCUUGACGAAAGUUGACAUGGCGGAAAAGAACUUCGCCAAUCCGGAAAGAUUACGCGAGAUAUUGUCCGGUAAGCUAUUCGCCAUGAAAGCGUUAGGCUACUUCGCCGUGGUUACCGGUCGUGGUGGACAGGAUGACAGUAUACAAACGAUCAAGGACUACGAGGAACAGUUCUUCAGAAAUUCAAAGCUCUUCAAAGAUAAUUUAGCAAUGUCGGGCCAAGUGACUACCAAAAACUUGAGUUUAGCUGUAGCUGAAUGCUUUUGGAAAAUGGUACGCGAGACAGUAGAGCAACAAGCUGACGCGUUCAAAGCCACAAGGUUUAACUUGGAAACAGAAUGGAAAAACAAUUUUCCAAGGUUACGGGAACUAGACAGAGAUGAGCUCUUCGAGAAAGCACGUGGCGAAAUUCUGGACGAAAUUGUAAAUCUGUCGCAGGUGUCACCAAGGCAUUGGGAGGAGGUAUUGAUGAUACGAAAUUGGGAGAAAGUCAGCAAGCACGUUUUUGAUAACAUCUACUUGCCUGCUGCUCAAAGCGGAAAUCCAAGUACGUUUAACACCACUGUCGACAUCAAACUCAGACAGUGGGCGGAUCAGCAACUUCCAGCAUGCAGCGUUGAAAGUGGAUGGGAAAGUCUACAGCAGGAAUUCCAUAAUUUUAUGACGCAGGCUCGACUUAGCCCGGACCAUGACGACAUCUUCGAUGACCUAAAAAACGCCGUUGUGAACGAAGCAAUGAAGCGUCAUUCCUGGGAAGAGAAAGCGUCGGACAUGCUACGUGUUAUCCAACUUAACACUCUGGAAGACAGAAGCGUGAACGACAAGCGCGAAUGGGAUCAAGCAGUACGAUUUCUAGAGAAUUCAGUGAAAGAGAAGUUGAAUAGCAUAGAAAUGACCCUGCGCAAUAUGCUGGGUCCCAAUCGUAAAGAACGGUGGCUUUAUUGGCAGUAUCAAAGCGAAGAGCAGCAGCAACGUGUGGCCGUGAAGAACGAACUGGAUAAAAUUCUAUAUGCUGACAAGAAACACCCAUCUAAGCUGACACGCGACGAACUCACGGCCGUUAGGAAGAAUUUGCAGCAGAACGGCUUUGAAGUCAAUAACGAAUUCAUCCGAGAGACGUGGCAUCCCGUAUAUGAAAGAUUUUUCCUACAACAGAGCUUGGCGAGAGCGUAUGAUUGCAAGAAAGGAUAUUAUUUAUAUCAUACCGGACAUGAGAAUGAAAUGGAAUGCAACGAUGUGGUACUUUUCUGGCGAAUCCAACAAAUGCUCAAAGUUACCGCGAAUGCACUUCGGCAACAAAUCAUGAACAGAGAAGCUCGAAGAUUAGAAAGAGAGAUCAAGGAUGUUCUUGAGGAUUGUAGCCAGGAUAAUAAGAUUAAGAAAGAAUUACUCACUGGCAAACGAGUCAAAUUAGCUGAAGAGCUUAAACGGGUUAGACACAUCCAGGAAAAGUUAGAAGAGUUUAUUAAAGCGCUAAAUAAAGAGAAAUAAAUAUAGUGUAAACCGAAAAUCGAGUAUCAAAUUGCGCUUCAGAAGAUCAGAAUUGAUAUUACUUGCAUUUGAACGAACAAAAGAUACGCGACAGACCACUGCAAUUAGG